UUUAAAAUAAAAAAUUAAUUAACUAAAAAAAACUACAUAAGCUAUACAUCCAUUUAAACAGCAAAAACGGAUUUGAAAAUAGUUGCCAAUCUGUCUGUCUGUUUGUUUAGUACAUCCAAUACAGUUGAUUACCGGUAUAUCAAAAACCAAAACCAACCAAUAAAACAAUGUCACAGCAAUCGGUAUUCACUGGACUGCUAUUAUGGGUAGUGGUGGCUGCGGUAGCCGUCACUAUGGUUUGGUCGGUGGCAGCAAAAGGAAAAGCACAUUCAAAAACGCAUACAACAACAACAUCAAAGCCGGCAAAACACAGGGCCUGUAAGGAUGAUAUAUGGGAUGUCAACAUAUGUUUAGCACAUCGAUGGGAAACAAUGAAUCUGGGAUUGCUAUUCAAAAAAGAUAACGAUUAUCUUAAGCGACAGUGUUGUUUUAUAUGGGAAAGCCACUGUGCCCACUCAAAAUUGGUCAAAAAAUGUCCCGAAGAUUUGGUACAGAAAAAAACUGAUUUGGAAAAAGCGAUGACUGAUUGCGGAAAUAAACUCAAAUUUACAGUCAAUACUGAAAAUUGUAAAAAAUUGAAACCAUUGGACCAGACAAAUGAAAAUUGCAAACCGUAUGUGCCCUGCUUUGGUACGGCUAUCAAAGUGGUCAUCACCACACCUGCCAGUGCCGAUGAAACGACUACAGGUGCCGAUGAAACGACUACAGGUGCCGAAUAAAACAAUUACUGCUACAGUUAAUAAUCAAGGGGAGGGGUUAGGGGGUGAUUGAUGGAUUCUACCCUGGAUUCAAUAAGUUGUUUAAUUUAAAUAUAGUUUUAAAUAUUUUGUUUUUAAAUUUAUUAUACAAAUUACUAUUAGUAGUAGUAUUAUUGUAUUGAUUUAAAU